AUGAAGAGACAUAAGUGUCCCUACAAAUGUCCCACAAGAAAGAAGAUUCUCAUCCUGUGUUGUACUGGGUGGCUGCUUGCACUGCUGAAGCUCCUACAUGUUGAAAGACUCUUUUUUCCACAUAAGGGCAUUUAUUUGGUUGAACACUUCUUAAGCACUUCUUCUUAUGUUAGAAACAGGUAUUCCAAUCUCAGAAAUGACUUCCAUUAUGAAAUUAAUUGUUCAUCUAUAUAUGAACAAGAUCCAGGUGAAAUUGGUAAGAGUUUAGAGAUCAGAAGAAAAGAUAUAAUUGAUUUAGAUGACGAAGACAUUGUAGCAAUAACAAGUGAUUGCCAUCUGUAUCGUACACUUAGGAAAUACCACCUAAAACCUGUUUCUCCAGAGGAAGAGAAUUUUCCAUUAGCCUAUUCUUUAGUUGUUCAUAAAGAUGCAAUAAUGGUAGAAAGGCUUAUACAUUCACUGUAUGGCCGUCAAAAUAUAUACUGCAUCCAUUAUGACCAAAAAGCAGCAAAAAGUUUCAAAUCUGCUAUGAACAAUCUAGCUAAAUGUUUCCCCAAUAUUUUCAUUGCAUCAAAAUUGGAAACAGUGGAGUAUGCACAUAUUUCAAGGCUGCAAGCAGAUUUCAAUUGUCUGUCUGAUUUGAUGGACUCUUCAGUUCCCUGGAAGUAUGUUAUUAAUUUGUGUGGCCAAGAUUUCCCUUUGAGGUCGAAUUUCCAGUUGGUCGCUGAACUGAAAAAACUCAGUGGGGGAAAUAUGCUGGAAACUAUAAAGCCAAGCAGUAGCAAAAGAGAACGGUUUACUUAUCACUAUGAACUUACGAAAGUGCCUUACGAAUACAUGCAGAUGCCUGUGAAAACCAACAUUUCCAAGAAUCCACCACCCCAUAAUAUUGAGGUUUUUGUAGGCAGUGCCUAUUUUGUUUUAAGUCGAGCAUUUAUUCAAUAUACUCUUGAAAGCUCUCUCGCAAAAGAUUUUUUUGAUUGGUCAAGGGAUACUUACUCUCCAGAUGAACAUUUCUGGGCCACUCUUGCACGUGUUCCUGGGGUCCCUGGGGAAAUCCCAAGGUCGGCACAGGAUAUAACAGAUUUACAAAGCAAAACUCGUUUGGUGAAAUGGAAUUAUCUUGAAGACCAUUUGUAUCCCCCAUGCACGGGUACCCACCUUCGCAGUGUGUGCAUCUAUGGGGCUGCAGAAUUAAGAUGGCUUAUGAAUUAUGGGCAUUGGUUUGCCAAUAAAUUUGACUCUAAAGUAGACCCUGUCUUAAUAAAAUGCUUGGCAGAAAAACUGGCAGAACAACAGAAAGAGUGGGAAAGAAAGACCUCUAUAUCUGCUGCCACAGGAAAACUGGCAGAGCCCAGCUGCCAGACAAAACUAAAAGAGAAAAGUAUGAGAACAAAUGAGCCAUGUGGCCUGACUUAGAGAUCUGAAGUCCCAAGCUCCCCAUUUGUGGGAGCUAGCAAAGGUCUUUGCAAUGUGAAUAUGACUGGAUGAUAUAAGGGAAGAAAAUUCCUUAGGUACUACACUACAAGUAGCAUUGUUCUCUCUUACCCACUCAUCUCUGCAUUUAGUUUUUCCCUCUUUGAAGUUUGUGUUGAGAUGCUGUGCUAUACCUAUGAAAUUGAUGGUGAUUGCUUGAAGCAGUAUUACAUACUGAAAUCCUUUCAAAGCAGUAUGCUCCUAAGUGCGGUUUCUAGAGCCCCUUAAAGUAGAAGUCCACACCAGAUGUCUGUCUUCAUUUCUGUCUCUCAGUAGAAAUAUCCUCCUGUGAAAUCCCAGUCAUUUUCAAGACAGUAUAUUUACACACAGUGGAUAACAAGUGCUAUUUCUAAUUAGCAUUUAGCAGUGUGGUGCUAUGCUGAAAUGUAAAACAUGUUAAAUCCAGAAGUAAUCAUAAAAAUAGCCAUAUUGCAGAAAUGAAGACCCUGUACAGAAGUGGCUUUCUCUACAAGCCCUACAGCCUUGUGCUGCCACGAUUCCAAGCUGCUCUGUGCCUGACCAAGCCCUGGUUCAGCUUUAGAGUAAUUGUAUAUCAAACAGCCUGUGCUUCCAGGGGCCCCUGCCAGCCCUCCUGGGAGCUAAGCAGUCCUGCAGCUUUCUCACUGCUAUGCUAUGUCCUUUUCCAUUUUGGAGGGGUUCUCUGGAACGUUGUUCUGCAAAAAGUUCAGUUUUGAUGGUUUCAGGGGACCCUGGGAUCUAGCUUACUCAAUGCUGCCGUACCAUUUCUAAGCAUCUGGCUUUUAUUAGAGGGCCUCCUCUCACAAAUGUCUUUGGAAUAUCUGAUUUUAUUUAUUCGCAAACUGCCACAAUAAUGAUCAGCUGUACCUAUGAGAAGUCUUUUUUUCUUAUUUGAGUUGAAAGAACCAAGGACAAUGCAAGUAAGAUUUUGGUCUCAACUUUUAUUUGUACAUUUAAUCACAGUUUAGUCUUCUGUGGCUUGAGAAUGGCUUUGAGAGUCAGGAGUCAUGGGCCUUUUCCCCCAUUUCUGACACUGAUUUCCUAUGAGACCCCAGCAAGCCAUUUAACUUCUUUGUUUCAGCUGUUCCAGUAGUAAAAUGGGAGCAACAAUGACCGAGCUUCUUCUUAAGCACUUAGAAACCGAUGGAUGAUGUCUGUUGUGGGUUAGUUGUACAGUAUUAAUUGCUUAUCAAAACUAUUUAUGAAGUCUGUGAAUGCAUAGGUCAAAUAUUUCUUUGAUGUACUGUUUCUCAAAUAAAUGGGGAUUAUUUUUAAA